AUGGAGGAAGAGCUCGACCGCCUGCAAAAACAAGGUAUCCUGGAGCCGACGCAACAUGCCGAAAUGGCCACACCUUUGGUGUGGCUGCGCAAAAAGGAUGGAACAUUUCGCGUUUGUGGAGAUUACAGGAGCACAGGUAACGCGGUGGUCAAGAAGACGGCGUACCCCCUGCCGACAACUGCGGAGGUGUUCGCAAAGUUGCGUGGUGGGACGACAUUUUUGACGCUAGACCUGUACCAGGCCUAUCAGCAGCUAAGAGUGGACGACGAGACAGCCGCAUUCCUCACCGUCAACACCACCAAAGGACUGUUCAAAGUGAAUUGCCUCCUUUUGCGCCAGCCAUUUUCCAGCGGAUGA